CAGAUAUUUUAUCUUUUCAUAAAUUAUAUAAGACCCCUUUCGUAAACUUAUCCUCACGAAGCGGCCGCAUAACCCAGACCCAAAAACAACAAAAAGAGAGAGAGAAAAAAAAAGAACAUAUUUUCGAAGCAAAUUAAAGGGAAGCAAGUCAAUUAGGCAAAACAAAGAUAUACCUACCGAGAGAGUACUGUAAUCCGAUUUGGAGAAAGAAAGCAAAGAAUGGAGCAGCAGCAGCCUUAUGUGUACGCUUACCCACAAGGCACGGGCCCUUCGGCUCCUCCUCCGCCAGGACCCCAAGCCGGAGUGAUAGUGGAUCCGAGGUACUGCGCGCCUUACCCUGUAGAUCUGACCAUCGUACGGAAGAUGAUGACGUUAACGGACGGUAACUUCGCUAUAACGGACGUUAACGGGAACCUGUUGUUCAAGGUGAAGGAACCUGUGUUUGGUCUUCACGACAAGAGGAUCCUGCUCGAUGCUUCUGGAACUCCGGUCGUGACUUUGAGAGAGAAGAUGGUGAGCAUGCAUGACAGGUGGCAAGUGUUUAGAGGAGGGAGUACGGAGCAGCGUGAUCUGCUGUACACGGUGAAAAGAUCGUCGAUGCUUCAGCUAAAGACCAAACUAGAUGUGUUUUUGGGACACAACAAGGAGGAGAAGAGGUGUGAUUACAGGGUCAAAGGGAGUUGGCUGGAGCGUUCUUGUGUUGUUUACGCCGGCGAAUCUGACGCCAUUGUUGCCCAAAUGCACAGGAAGCACACGGUGCAGAGCGUAUUCUUGGGAAAAGACAAUUUCUCGGUGACUGUUUAUCCAAAUGUUGAUUAUGCCUUCAUUGCCUCUCUCGUUGUCAUUCUCGAUGACGUUAACCGUGAAGACCGAGCCGCCUGAUCGAUCCCCUUACCUCACGUCACGUUUGAAGAGGAGAGGGAACCUUUGUUUUUAGUAUUUAUAACUACGUAUAUGUUUUUGUAUAUGUAACGUAUUCUCCUAAAACAAAACUAGGUGUUGUUUAUUAAGCUUUGUUUGUGUGUGAGAGAUCAUCUCAGUUGUGUAAUUUAUCAAUAUAACUGCGCUUGUUCAUGUUUUAAUGA